AUGGACUACUCUAUGCUGGCUAUUGUGCCUGUGCUGUAUGUGGCCCGUGGCAUCGACUUUGAGGAGGGUGACCGGCUGCUGUGGCUCCGGCUCGCCUUUGGUGGCGUCCAGCUUGUGCUCUUCGCCGUCGCGCUCUACAUCAAGACUCUGGUGAACAAGCGGGCGGACGGAAAGAACAUCAAGGUGGAGAAGACCGGGAUGGAGGCGAAGCUGGCCGAGGACAAUGAGCCGGAGAUCAUGACCGAGCGCGAGUACGACCAGCGCGAGUGGGGCAAGUUCUUCCAGAGCGUGGCCAUGCCGGCGGCCAUGAUCACGGGCAUCCACUACUACUGGGGCACCACCGUCCCGCUCUUCAUCCAGCUGUUCAUGGCUCCCAUGCGCACAUACAAGGCCCCGCUAGUCAAGGCGUAUCUCCUCGGCGAGUCGCUCCCGCGUCCCUUCCCCACUCCCCCGGGCAUGUUUGACUCCCUCAAGCAGCAGUACGAGGAGGCUGCCGGCCUCCCGGCCAAGAAGAAGGGCAAGAAGUCCAAGAAGUCUCAGUAGCAGUCUUCCCCACAUCGUUGCCUAUCUUAAAUGCCCGAGGGCUUCCCCAAACCCAUCGCCUCGUGCACCGACUAAAUAGCCAUCACCA